CUGAAUUUUCAGAAGAAAGAAACACCACCAAAAGUUUGCGUACGAGAUAUUGUUAACAUUUUGCGUCAAGUAGGUGAUGCUUUAAAAUAUCUUCACGAAAGUCGUGAUUCAGUUGGUAAUGAAGCAAGUCACGGCGAUGUUGCUGCUCGUAAUGUGCUUCUAACGGAAGCUAACCUGCACUGUACCGCAAAACUAGGCGAUUUUGGACUACCUAUUGAUUUCGGUCCACGUUUGCCAAUCCCAUGGUUACCGCCUGAGAUUGUGAGUAGUUUGGAUCGAACACGUAUAGUACAUCGUCCAGAAAGUGACGUCUGGAUGUUUGGAGUUUUGGGAUGGGAAUGUGUAACUUUGGGAGCUGAACCACAUUACCAGCGUACUGUUGACGAAAUUCAACAGUGCUUUACAUGGCCAGACCAUGGAUUACAUCGGCCUCCUACUUGUCCUCUUGACUUGUGGAAUUUUCUUCUUGAUUGCAUGUCAGAACAACAUCGACGCCCACAUUUUGCAGGAUCAACAAAAACUAUUUCUUCAGCGAUUUAUCGACUCCAAAUAUUACAGCAAAUCUAUGAAAAAAGUAACAGUACAUUAGACAUUUACUACAAUGCAACAAACUGUACAUGUCAUCAGCACCGAUGCAACGUUCCACUGCCAUCAUUUGCCAAAUAG